AUGUCGGCCUUCAACCCACCACCAAACCCUCGGGCUCCCAACCCAACCCAUCCCAUCACUCUCGGCCCCAACACUGAGCCAUUAGACCUCCAUCCAACACCCAUACCCUCGGGAUCCCGAAAACUUUUCCCUCCCGGCUUCGAUACAGGGCCGUGGUAUCUCCUAGUACGUUGUACCGACGCCGAUGGUAUGGAUAUUGGGCUAGCGGCGCACAGACGAGACGAGGGGGGGGUUGUUAUACCUAAAUACACCAUCUCCCUCCCUCCCCCUAUCCCCCAGUACCUCGGCGGCAACCGCGCCUAUCCCCUCUGCAUUGACCGCCUCCACGCCCCGAGUCUAAGACAUCCAAACUUGUCUCCCGUAGAGUAG